AUGCCAGCUCGGAAGGGCGUCAUCUUCAAGGCCCACCGCGAACCAGCCUCUGUCAACACGUCGACGCGGACCAAAGGCCGCACGUACUCGGCCUGCUCAGACUCGGUGCAGCUGCAGAAGCUCAACUCUGAGCUGGCUGCCACCAACCGCCAGCUGGCCAAGGCGGUCAGCGGCAACUCCGACCCGAACCUGCUCGUUGCCAGGGAGGUCCAUCAACAGGAGCAGAGCGAGCUCAUGACAAAGCUCGUAGCAAGCAGGCCCUCGGGCCUAAGGCUGCGGGAGAUGGGCGAGCAGAUCACGAAACAACAGAAGUUGCGCGACGCCCAGCGCAAGAAGCUGCAGGUCAUCGAGGAGCGGCUGGCGCAACUGCAGGAGCGGGAGGCGCAGGCCACUAGCCAGCUCGCGGAGCUAGACCAGCAGACGUUGGA